AUGCUCCAACUGCAGCCGAUCUAUGCGCUGCUGACCCGGUGCAGUUGUCAACGCCAGUCCUAUUCGCAGCUGUGGGCGCUGUUCUGUCUUGUUUUGGUGGCUGUAGUUGAUGAAAGUGCCGCAGGAGAAGCUCCCGUCACGCAGAAAACAGUGGAUAUACUGUCUAUCUAUGUGGAGAAUACUAUGGCAGUGUCUCGUGCUACUUCCGCGGUUUACGCGGGAUCGCUGGCCUCUUUGCUGGCGCGCAAUUUCGCCGUGGCGAAUGGUGUGCCUCUUCGUAUCAUUUACGCAAACGCCACACCUAAUUCAAUUGAAUCAGAUGUCGCUUCCGCGAUAUCAAACAACCCAAAUACAUUGCUUGUAGCGGGACCAGUGGGCGACGAAAUGCUCUUGAAGGCUUUGCCUGCUCUUAGGAGCAGUGGAUUAAUAUCAUUCGCCCCCAUAACCGGCUCCAGCCAAGUGCGUGGGUGGAACCCCAAUCUGUACUUCCUUCGCCCUGAGCCCGCCGCUGAGCUGCUUGCUCUCAUCCGCUACGCUGUGAACCAGUUGCGUGUGCUGCGACUGGGCUUCAUGUACCUGCAGGG